GUUGUAGAUUUGACAAUUAUACGUAAGGAUGUUCAAUGCCCUAUUUGCCUAGGCAUCAUUCGGAAGACAAAAGCUGUAAUGGAAUGCAUGCAUCGCUUCUGCAGAGACUGCAUAGAGAAAUCCAUGCGCCUUGGUAACAAUGAAUGCCCUGCUUGCCGCACACAUUGUUCAAGCAGGCGCUCACUGAGGGAUGACCCUAACUUUGAUGCCUUGAUUGCUAUUCUCUAUCCAGAUAUUGAAAAGUACGAGCAAGAGGCGGUUUUUGUCUUUUAUAAGACUAUGCAAAAAGCCUAUAAUAAGACUCUUCAACGACAAACAGAAGCACUGGGAAAGAAACGUCCUAGUGCAGCCAUUGUGAAGAAGGCAAAACGUAACUUAAGAAGUUCAAAUCUGAGGAAGAGAAGAAGAAAUUUCGGACAUGCAGUUGAAAUUCCCGGACCCAGUACUGGGAAUGAGAAUGAUGAGACAAGGGUCUUGUGUCCUAUUGUUGAUGAGUCAGAAACAAUACCAGAAAGUGGAGAAGAUGAACAUGUUCCUCAAAAUGUAGAAAGUACUGAUGUUGUAGUUGCAGAUGGAGAUAGUCAAGAAAAUGUUGCUGAUUCUGAUCAGAAGAUUAAAGAUAUCAUUAGCUCAUCUUCUACACUUGUGUGGGGAAAAAAUGGCCAAAGGAGUAACAUCCGAGCCAAUGGUAAGAAUAAUGCUGCUGCAGCCAGAAACAAACGCCUCUCUAAAUUAAUUGAUCAUCUCUGCAGCUCAGAACAAAAUGAUGAUGAGUUGGACAUCUUUAUCAAGCUUGUCUCUUUUGAAGAGAAAAGAGUCCCAAAUUUGCAAAGGCCAUACCUUAGUUGCAGGCCUACACUGUCAAUCAAGCAACUGUGCCAGUAUGUUGCAUAUCAAACCUCACUGCAGACUGAAGAAGUUGAAUUGUACUUGGUAAAUGAGUGUCAAGCAAACAUUAUAAGAGAUGAAGGCAAGCUUGAUUCACACAAUAAUAAAUCUCAAUUUCUCGUAAAUGAGGAAGAAACUUUGGGUGAACUCAAAGUAGAUAAUUUCAGCCGUGGCUACCUGGUUAUAGCUUAUAAGAGGAAGAUGUGGAACUUAAACAUAGUGUUGCCUUGA